AACCUAACAAAUCCAAAACAAAUGGCUUUUCUCAUAAGAAAACACCAAAAAUCCUUAACCUUCAGCGACAGAGCCUUCAAAGGUCUCGGCGACCUCAUCAAACUCCUUCCAAGCGGCACCGUCUUCCUAUUCCAGUUCCUUAAUCCCCUCCUCACAAACAACGGCCACUGCAGUACCGUCAACAAAUACCUUUCCGGCGCUCUCCUCGCCAUCUGCGGCUUCUCCUGCUGUUUCUCCACCUUCACAGACAGCUAUGUUACCGCUGACGGUCGGGUUUACUAUGGAAUCGCUACGCGGACGGGGUUAUGGACAUUCUCCGACCCUAAUGCGUCUCAGAGAGAUCUCUCGAAGUAUAAGUUGAGGAUUGGUGAUUUUGUCCACGCGUUCUUGUCGAUUGUGGUGUUUGGUGCAAUUGCGUUGUUGGAUUUGGAUACGGUGAGGUGUUUUUACCCUGCGGCGGAGGGGGAGGAGAAGAUUUUAAUGAGAGUGUUGCCGACGGUGGUGGGUGGGGUGGCGAGUACAAUUUUCGUGGCGUUUCCGAAUGAGAGGCAUGGUAUUGGAUAUCCGCCGGCUAUAUCGCCGGAGGAGUAAAUUGGUUGUGUAUGCGUUCCGGCGGGCUGAGUGAUACGAUAUUUGUUGGAUGUGUUCAGUAGCUUGAAUGAUGAAGAUGAAAAUCGAAGGAAAUAUUAUAUUCAGGAUGGAGAUGUAUAGUUUAAGAAUAUUAUAUAGGUUGAAUUUAAGUGUUUGAUUGAAUGUAAAUUAAAUAUAAUAGAAUCAUACUUUUUAUUUAUUUGUAUGUAGUUUAAGAAAAAUAAA